AUGAUUGGAAACGGUUGUGUUGAUAACGCGAUUCCAUUACCUGUAACAAGCAAGAUUUUGGCUAAAGCUCUUGAAUAUUGCAUGAAACAUGUUGGUGAUAUUCCUAAAGGGGAUGAUGGUAAUGUAGAGGAUCCGGAGAUUCAGAAAUGGGAUGCGGAGUUUGUUGAAGUCGAUCAAGAUACAUCGCUUGAUCUUAUUUUGGCCGCAAAUUGUUUGAAUAUUAAGCACUUGUUGAAUUUGAUUUGCCAGACAGUUGCAGACAGGAAGAACCAUGUUUUCCCAGCAAUCACUUCCUACGAAGAGUUAAUGAAGCAAUGUGAAAAACUUCUGAAACGUUUGAUGGAACAUCCAUAUGGAUUUGUUUUCAAUGCUCCAGUGGACAUUGUGAAGUUGAACAUUCCAGAUUAUUUUAAGCGUAUCAAGCAUCCAAUGGAUUUGGGGACGGUUAAGAGUAAGUUUGUAAACGAUGAGUAUUCGGAUCCCUUGAAAUUUCAUGAUGAUGUGAGGCUCACAUUCUCAAACGCAAUGAUGUAUCACCCACCUGGGCAUUAUGUCCACACCAUGGCUGGUGAACUUCAAACUUUUUUUGAAGCGAGGUCGAAAGCAAUCGAGGAUGAACUUCUACCAGUACCUGUUGAAAUGGAUGAUGCUAGAGAUACAGAAGCUGCCGAAUCUAUUCCACCAUCAAGAAAGAUGAAAAUCUCUCCAGGUCAUGAGAGGAAAAUGACUAUCACGAAACAAUUUAAAUUGAUUAAUGAUUUGCAAUCUAUUAGAGAAUUCCCGUCGUAUCUGAUCGAAUUUCUAACAAAACAAAGUACAAGGCACGCUGCUGAUGGGGAGCUCGAGGUUGAUCUUCAACUGAUGACUGAUGAUACAUUAUUCUCAUUAAGGAAGCUUGUCGAUGACUAUAUGCAGAUGAAUCAAAGAAAAGCUAAUUAA